AUGGGCUCUUUCUCCAGCUAUGAGAGGAGCAGAGUGGCUCAUGGUGUUACAGAAAAGGCAGGCUGGAAGUGUCAUGUCAUCACAGCUUUUCUGAAGGAGGAACACAAGGAGAAAACCAUGCUGUGACACAAGAAGGAGAAGCUGCGCAGACUUAGAGAGCAGCCAGAAAAAUUCGUCAAAGGCACUGUUGCCAAGUGCACAGAUGUGUGGAGCAACGCCACUGUCUUAGAGCCUCCAUGUGCAUUUGCUAUGACAUACAUCAAUGUUGAUGAGAGACAGGAACACUGCCGGGUGAUCUUGAGCUGCCAAAAUAAUCAGCUCUAUGCACAACAUGGCUUAAAGGAUUUUUCCGUUAGCAGCAUGCAUCCACUAAAGAACCUAGACACUCAUAUUUUUUCUGGGGACUUCCACAGUCUGGACUCCUGCCACACAGGCAAGGCACCUUUGGCCAGUCCUGUGGAAAACCGGAUGUAUCGGAGCGUGGAGAACCUUCACUGGGCAUCAGUUGCUGACUCUGGGCUGUAUUCUCACUGCCGGAGCCUGGAUAACGAGAUCAUCUUUCGCUAUAGAGGCACCAGUCAGUGGACAGAAGGCUGUGUGGAUGUGGCCCCAGUACAGAGCACAUCGGACUCUCUGAGAAACCUUUCUCUCCAUGCUAAACAGACAUCUCGAUCAGCACAGAAUGUGUUCCUCCCUCCCUUUGCCAAAGUGCCUCAGUGGCUUUUCCCUUCUGCAGAGGAAAGAGCCCUACACGGGGAUGCCAAAAAAGAGCUGAAGGAGAAGCUGAGGCUGCACAGCAGUAAGGUGGCAGAGCCCUGCAAGCCAGUGCGUCCACAGGUGGCCCUGCCUGACCUGACGGCCCGGGAGUUUUUUGAAUGCCAGAUGUGCCGGCAGUACAAGAACGGUUGUGCUGUCAACUGCUGCACGGUUUUGGUGGAACACACUGCUCUCAGGCACAGCCUCACAGGGAGGCAGAGACUGUGUUUUGCACACAGGAUCAUCAGUCCAGAAGACAUCAAGCAGGAGGCUCAAAGGAGGCUUCAGCUCCGAAGGCAGAAUAGCUCCCCCAGUUUGCCCCUUCAGCGUGCUGGGGAAAGCCAUGAGAUGGCCAAAUCCAGAACAGCAGAAACCCUGGAACAGUAUAGUGGGGAAACAGAUGUCAAAGCCACAGUGGGACAGAGCAAGAAAGGCCGCUGCAAAGGGAGGCUCUACAUACCCACCUUUGAGGAAUUCAAGCAAAUGAGAAGUAAGGAGGCAAAUUCAUCUGCCAGCAGCAGUGGGCCAACAGAGUGCUUGAAUAAGGGUCUGCCUGCAAACCAGACCCUGGAGGAGGAGAACAGUAAGAAUGUGUGUCCAGAAGCUGUGGGGACCAAAGCUGUGAAUGAAGCCGCUGUCACAGCGGAGGGUGAUGACGAUGUGUUCCAUGAAAACCACACCUCUGCUGGCUUUUCCCAAUAUCCAGCCACAUGGGAUGGUUUCAGAAUGAGCAGCCCUGAGGUGAAAGACAGAACCUUCCAGAUCCCCAGCCCGGAGAGAUCCCCAGUCCCCAUUUGCUCUAGCCCUAUUCCACGAUCACCUUUGCAGGCAGUAACAACACACAGAGCCGGGCAGGAGAUCUUCAGUGAUGAGCAGCAGAAAGGAGAGACAAGACAAUUAAAUGAUGUCCUCCACCUUGCAGGGCAGUCGCUGGCUUCCGAAGCCCAGUCCUCUUGCUGUUCAUCGCUGCUGUUAGAAGCCACAGACUUAUCCAGCUAUGGAGCUAAACUGCAAAAAAUGAAGGAUGAAUUCAUAGGUUCAGCCCUGGAACUUAUUAAGAAAAGGUAA